UGGAAAUUUGCCAUUUGAGGUCUUGAGUAAAACGAUAUUCCAAAUUGGAUGGACAACACAUACACACGCAUGUCCAUAUAAAAAAUGAAUGACCUGAGGGGUAUUCCAUCAAAGUCGUUGACGAAGGCGGGGCUUAGUUGAUUAAGCCCGGUUAGAACUAACGCCAACUUCCUCCACUUGGGGCUUAGGCCAUUCCAUCAACACAAUUCAGCCGCGCUUUGUUAAGGUUAAUUCAAACCAGGCUAACGUUAUCGUGUAUUACGUGCGCUAACGAGAUAAAUAACCAUUCCAGGACCUUGAGUGUCGAUCCAUGGAUAAAAGGUCCGAAAAGGCACGAGCGGGAUUCUUUUCCAGCGGCGAACAGAAGCUGCUUAUCGAGGUCUACGAGGACUACAAGCACAUAAUAACACAAAAAGGGAACACGAUCAUCAUUAAUAAAAACAGGGAUGCCGCCUGGCAAGUAAUCGCCGAUAGGUUGAAUGCAAGUGGUCUCGGCAACGACAAAAGAACAUGGAUACAGGUUAAAACCAAACAUAAAAACAUAUUGCAGAGUGCAACAAAGAAGAAAAGUGACAGCCUUAAGACAGGUGGGGGGAAUCCACCAAAGGGCCUCACUCCAGCCGAGGACCUGGCUUUGGCCCUCAACCGGGGAAGACCAUUAAAACAAGAAUUGGUGGAUCCUCCACAGGAGGAUGUAUUUGGCCAACAAGAAGUUGAACAAAUGUUCACAUUGGAUGAACCAGAUGAGGAGGCCUCGUCUGCUGUCACCGAUGUAUCAGAUAGCAUCCCUGAGACGAGACGAGCAGCAGGACAAAAUGAAGAUGUCAAGGCCAUUUACAAAAGGCACCUCCUGCUUGAUAUCGAGUAUAAGCGACUGAAAAUGCGCAAAGUUCAACUUGAAAUCAAGAAGCUGGAAAAGGAAGACGCGAACUCGGGCCGGCCGCACCACAACACCGCAGCGCUGGGCCACUCACGCAACUGAUGGUUCCCGACGGCGGUAGAAUACAUGUAAUGGCAAGUAAGUGAGU